UCCAGUAUCUUCCAAAUUUCAAUUAGUAUAAGUAUCCCUCCAAAAUGUUAAUCAAUACCACAUCAUAUCGAUCAGAUCAUACUUUCUUCAUCAAUAAUGCUAGCUUAGCUUCUAGCUUUCUUCUAUUCAUACAGGUUCAUCAACAUCAGCAAUUGGAAUCCCAAACCCAAAAACAAUGGCCAUUCCCAUCUUCAAAUCCAUCUUCCUUCUAUCCUUGCUACCCUUUCUUUUCCAUAUUCGUUGUGCAAAAGGUGAUCUCCAGAUGGGUUACUACUCGGAGAGCUGCCCAAGAGCGGAAGACAUCAUCAAGGAACAAGUGAUCAAGUUGUACGAGGAGCAUGGGAACACUGCUGUUUCUUGGCUUAGAAACCUCUUCCAUGAUUGUAUGGUUAAGUCAUGUGAUGCAUCGAUACUUUUGGACUCGGUAGCUGGUGUGGAAUCAGAAAGGCAAUCACCAAGAAACUUUGGAAUGAGAAAUUUCAAGUAUAUUCAGACCAUCAAAGCUGCCCUGGAGGAGGAAUGCCCUAACACCGUUUCUUGUGCUGAUAUUGUAGCUCUUUCAGCUAGAGACGGUGCUGUUAUGUUAAAAGGGCCACGGGCCGAAAUGAAGACCGGGAGGAGGGAUAGCAAGGAAAACUAUUUAGCAGAAGUUGAGAGCUUCAUCCCCAACCACAACGACUCCAUGGAACUAGUUCUGUCACGAUUCCAGUCCAUUGGAGUCGAUACAGAAGGAACUGUCGCCCUCCUAGGUGCCCACUCAGUGGGGCGGGUUCACUGCAUCAACAUUGUCCACAGGCUAUACCCCACCGUGGACCCGACGCUGGACCCCACCUACGCCGACUACCUGAAGCUCCGGUGCCCGUCGGCGGAGCCUGACCCGAAGGCGGUGGAACCGACAUACGCCAGAAACGACCGGAAAACACCCAUGAUCCUGGACAACAUGUACUACAAGAACAUUCUGGAACACAAGGGGCUGUUGGUAGUUGAUGAACUGUUGGCCACUCAUCCUGCGACCGCUCCUUUUGUGGAGAAGAUGGCGGCGGAUAACCAGUAUUUUCACGACCAGUUCGCUCGGGCUCUGGUCGUUCUGUCGGAGAAUAAUCCGCUCACCGGCGACCAAGGGGAGAUCAGGAAGAAUUGUCGCUACGUUAAUAGUAACUAAAAAUAAUAACAAUGUUGCUAGUUAGCUAGCUAGCGGUUGAGACUUGAGAAUUAAUCUCUCUCAGCUCAUAUCAACUGUAAACUACUGCCAAGUGGCAAGUGUAAGUGUCAUCACCUAUAUCAAAUUAAACUCGUCAUCUUUAAAUACCUGAAUAAGGUAUGUUUUAUCUUUUUUAA